CGCAGGCAGCAGAGGUGACGUGACACUUUGAAAAGUCUCCCGACCUUUCCUCAGUUGUCCUUUUGCUUCACUCUCAGUUGAAGCCGUUGAAACAUGCUGACCUCUGUGUUUCUCGCCCUUCUGGUCUCUUCUGCUAUCGCCACAGAAAAAGGCGGCGCUCUACCCAGCCUGAAUGACACCAAAGCUGCUGAGACCUUCAUCGACUCUGCUGACGUGGUGGUCAUCGCAUUUCUGGAGGGAGAAGACAGUCGUGGAUAUGAGGAGCUUGUUGCAGCAGCGAAGCGCGUUGACUCAGUGCCAGUCGCCAUUUGCACUGUGAAAGAGGUGUGGGCUGACUACAAGGUCUCCUCAGACACCAUCACCCUCUUCAGAAAGGCUGAUAACCACCAGGAGAAUCUUGUCCUUGCCGACGCCAAGAAGCUAGACAGUGAUGGUCUUACAAACUUCAUCACCACCAACGAGGUCCGAUACAUCACAGAAUACGACCAAGUGACAGCAGUGGGCCUCUUCGGUUCAGAGGUGAAGUCACACCUGCUGCUCUUUGCUAACAGGGGGACUAAAGAAUUUACUGAGCUCAAGAACAAACUGGAAGCUCUGGCUCCUGAAUUCACAGGCAAGUUCUUGUUUGUGCUGAUUAACGGAGCGGUGAAGUCCAACUCUCGGUCACUCAACUACUUCGGUAUCAAGUCUCAAGACCUCCCACGAGUUGGCAUCUACGAUGGUGACUCUGACAUGAAGUGGCUCCUUCCUGUGGGAGAGAUUUCCACUGAAAGAGUCCGGGAGUUUUGCCAGUCCUUUCUGCGGGGAGACCUGAAGGAGGUGAAGCAGGCCGGAGCUGAAGCCAAAACCGAACUCUGAUAGAACAAGUGUAAAUAAAUUAUUCUACAUUAAAUAAAUAAUAAAUGAUGA